GCCCCCUGAGCGCUGUCCCGGGGCGCGCUGCAGCGCGGUGCGGGGCUCGGCCCGGCCCGGUUCGGUUCCGUUCCGUUCCGUUCGGUCCUUCUCGGCUCAUUCCGGCGCGGUUCGGCUCCGCUCGGUUCGUUUCGCCUCGGCUCGGCCCGGCCGCGGGCUCCGGUAAUACCCGGAGGGGUGGGGGUGGGGGGGGGGGGGGCGGGGGGAGCAUCCUCGGCGGGGGGCGGGGCCGCUCCGCGGGGUUGGGCCGGGCCGGGCCGGGUCACGUGGUGCGGCGGUACCGGGCCCGGAGCGGCGGGGGGGGGCGGGGGGGGGGGGAACGGAACCGCCCCGCGGUGUCACAGCGCCGGCAGUGCCGCGCCGCGCGGGGAUAACGGGGACCGAGCGGGGAAACCCCGCGUGGGGACGGCGGUGAGCGGCGCUGCGAACGGCCCACGCGGGGACACCGAACCGCCGCGCGCCGUGACUGCGAGAUGCGGCGUUGGGCGGCCGAAGCCGCUCCGUGCUGUGACGGCGGGCGGCCGCAGCUGCUCUGUGCUGCCACUGCCUGACCGGGAACGGCCGCGCUGUGACACUGCUGGGACAGCGCACUGAGCGGCGCUGCGUGAGCAAAGCCACCUUACGCAGUGACAUUGGGUGAGCAAAGCCACCUUACGCAGUGCCAGUGGGUGAGCAAAGCCACCUUAUGCAGUGCCAUUGGGUGAGCAGGGCCAUUCCGUGCUGUGACAUUGGGUGACCACAGCUGCUCUGUGCUGCGACUGCUUGACCAGGGACAGCCCUGCUGUGACACUGCUUGGGCACAGCCACUCAGUGCAGUGACACUGGGUGACCAAAGCCCAUUGUGCAGUGCCAUUGGGUGACCAGGGCCAUUGCAUGGUGUGACAUUGGGUGACCAAAGCCAACCCAGUGACAUUGGGUGACCAAGGCCACCUUACACAGUGACAUUGGGUGAGCAGGGCCAUUCCAUGCUGUGACAUUGGGUGACCAAGGCCACCCCAGGCAGUGACGUUGGGUGACCAAAGCCCGUGGUGCAGUGACGUUGGGUGACCGAGGCCAUUCCAUGCAGUGACAUUGGGUGACCAAAGCCCAUUAUGCAGUGCCAUUGGGUGACCAAGGCCACCUUACGCAGUGACAUUGGGUGACCAGGGCCAUUCCGCGCUGUGACAUUGGGUUAUCAAAGCCACCCCAGUGACAGUGGGAGACCAAGGCCACCCCAGGCAGUGACAUUGGGUGACCAAAGCCCAUUGUGCAGUGCCAUCGGGUGACCAGGGCCAUUCUGUGCAGUGACAUUGGGUGACCAAAGCCACCUUACACAGUGACAUUGGGUGACCAAAGCCAACCCAGUGACAUUGGGUGACCAAGGCCAUUGCAUGGUGUGACAUUGGGUUAUCAAAGCCACCUUACGCAGUGCCAUUGGGUGACCAGGGCCGUUGCAUGGUGUGACAUUGGGUGACCAAAGCCAACCCGGUAACAUUGGGUGACCGAGGCCAUUCCAUGCAGUGCCAUUGGGUGACCAAAGCCCAUUGUGCAGUGCCAUUGGGUGACCAGGGCCAUUCUGUGCAGUGACAUUGGGUGACCAAAGCCACCUUACACAGUGACAUUGGGUGAGCAGGGCCAUUGCAUGGUGUGACAUUGGGUGACCAAAGCCCAUUGUGCAGUGACAUUGGGUGACCAAAGCCCGUGGUGCAGUGACACUGGGUGACCAAAGCCCAUUGCGCAGUGCCAUAGGGUGAGCAGGGCCAUUGGGUGCAGUGCCAUUGGGUGACCGAGGCCACCCGACGUGGUGCCGCCGUGCCAUGCCGCGGUGCCGCACGCCGUGACCCCCCUGCCCACCCCGUCACCCCCCGCUGGCGGUGCCAUGGCGGUGCCGGGCGCGGUGCUGGCGGUGCUGGCGGUGCUGGCGGUGCCGGCGGUGCCGUCGGCCGGGAGCUGCCCCCCGCGCUGCGUCUGCGCCUCCAACAUCCUCAGCUGCUCCCGGGCCGCUCUCAGCUCCGUGCCCGCCCCGCUGCCGCGCUUCACCUCCGUGCUGGACCUCAGCCACAACAACAUCAGCCGCCUGCGCGCCGAUUGGGCCGCGGGCCGCCUGGCGCAUCUGCACGCGCUGCUGCUGGCGCACAACGGGUUGGCCUUCGUGUCCACCGAGGCGUUCGGCCACGUCCCGCACCUCCGCCACCUGGACCUGUCCUCCAACCGCCUCCGCGCGCUGGAGGAGAACCUCUUCAGCGACCUCCCCGAGCUGGAGGUGCUGCUGCUCUACAACAACGAGAUCUCCGCCGUCGACCGCUCCGCCUUCGACAACCUGAGCCGCCUCCGCAAGCUCUACCUGGGCCGCAACCACAUCGCCCGCUUCCCUCUGGAGCUGCUCCGCGACGGCAGCCGCCCCCCGCAGCUCUCCCUGCUCGACCUCUCCUCCAACCGCCUGCGUUCGCUGCCGGCCGCCGAGCUGCAGGCGCUGCCCGCGUGGCUGCGCGACCGCCUCUACGUGCACGGCAACCCGCUGGGCUGCGACUGCCCGCUGUACCGCCUGGUGGCCCGCGGGCGGCACCGCCGCCUCAGCGCCGUGCUGGACUUCCAGGAGGAGCUGCGCUGUCAGCUGCCGGCCGCGCCGGGCCGGGCGCCGGUGGCCGUGCUGGAGCUGGGCUCCCCCGAGCUGCUCAACUGCAGCGAGGCGAGGGAGGCGGUGCUGGAGGCGUACCUGGGGGACAGCGUCACGCUGGGCUGCGACAGCCGCCUGCGGGCGGCGCACGGCCGCCACUGGGUGACGCCGGGGGGGGACCGCGUGCCGGAGGAGGGCGGCAACGGGAGCGCGGCCGUGCUGGCCAACGGGAGCCUGCAGCUGCGGGCGCUGAGGCCGGAGGACGGCGGGACGUACGCGUGCCGCGUGUCGGGCCCGGCCUUCAACGAGACGCUCUACGUGGAGCUGCUGGUGCACAACUUCACGCUGCACGGCCCCCACGACGGCCUCAACACCGCCUACACCACGCUGGUGGGCUGCAUCCUCAGCGUGGUGCUGGUGCUCAUCUAUCUGUACCUCACGCCGUGCCGCUGCUGCUGCCGCGCCGCCGAGAAGCCGUCCGCCCCCCCCCGCGACGACAGCCUCAAUUCGUCCGUGCUCAGCGCCACCCCCGACCACGCCGCCGGGGAGCCGCCGCCCCCCCCGAGGGCUCGCGGCGGCGCCGGGCACCGCGGUGCGGCGGGGGGGCAGAACGGGAGGUACAAAGCCGGGGGGAGCCCGCCGACGGCGGCGGUGGCGGUGGGGGCGCCGAGGGAGGGGCCCCGGGCGCAGAGGAAGGUGUCGGAUCCGGACUCGGUCAGCUCGGUGUUCUCCGACACCCCCAUCGUGGUGUAGGGGGGAGGGGGGGGCACGGUGUGGACCCCCCCGCCCCCCUCCGGCUCUGCGGAGCGCGAGGGAUGUGAGGACUGCAGUGGGGAUGCUGCGAUGCGGAGCCCCCCCCCCCCCCACCGGGGGUCCGGGUGCCGUGGGACCCCCAGCGGUGACAGCAUCCGAGCACACGGGGGUCCCUGCUGCGUGGACGCCCCCCCGCACAGCGCUGCCUCCCGCAUGUUGAUCGUGACGCAUGACCCCCCCCGGGAAGCAUGACCCCCCCCGAGGCCACAGCUGCCGCCCACACCGGGGGGGACGACAAUGGGGCACAGCCGCCCCCGGGGUGCAGCCCCUUUCCUCUGAGCCACAGCGCCAGCUGAGCCCUCCCUCCUUGGGGCCGUCCUGGGGGGGAGCGCAGCCGCCCCCCACGCGGGGGGGUCCCAGGGUGGGGAAUUCCCCCGCCCCACACCCGACCCCCACAGCCCCCCCCCCCCCGUGUCCGUGUCCUCAGCUUCAGCCAGCGCCGCUCUGCUGCAUCGGUGACAAUAAAGAAACGUGCGCUCCCCA